UGUUCAGGAGGAGGAACAAGACAGACCUGUGGAUGGAAGGGCAAAAAGUAAACUAGAAAAAGAUGCUGAGAGAAAACAGGAAGUACGGGGCUUGAAUCCACCCCACAGAGUGAAGUCAAUUUCAAUGACUACUUUCACACAACAGGAAAUAGAAUUUCUGCAGAAACAUGGAAAUGAAGUGUGCAAACAGAUUUGGCUAGGCCUAUUUGAUGAUAGAUCAUCUGCAAUUCCAGACUUCAGGGAUCCACAGAAAGUAAAGGAAUUUCUACAGGAAAAAUAUGAAAAGAAAAGAUGGUAUGUUCCUCCAGAGCAAGCAAAGGUGGUGGCAUCAGUCCAUGCAUCCAUAUCGGGGUCUUCUGCUAGUAGUACAAGCAGCACACCUGAGGUGAAGCCACUCAAAUCUCUCUUGGGAGAAGCUGCACCCACACUGCACUUAAACAAGGGCACCCCUAGCCAAUCUCCUGUUGUAGUUCGAUCUCAAGGACAGCAGCAACAAGAAAAGAAACAAUUUGAUCUACUCAGUGACCUUGGCUCAGAUAUCUUUGCUGCUGUUCCUCCUCAGUCAAAUGCUACAGCAAAUUUUGCAAAUUUUGCACACUUCAACAGUCAUACGG